AUUUUCCUCCACGGUGAGCAUCUUUCUAUAUCCUCAUCAUCUCUUUGCGCGUUCGUUAGUUAACAGUUAAACAUCUAACAUCGGUAAACAAAUAAUUUUGUUAAUAACGAUCAAAAAACAAAAGCGUGGAUCGGCUCUUUUUUAUUCAUUUGUCGUUUAUUGUUGUGGAUGAAACAAGAGAAGGCUAAAAAUAAGAAUAAGAAGAGAGUAAACAGUUGAUCUUGAUUAUUAUUGAACGUCCUUAUCGUUCGUAGGGGUCUUUGGAUCAUUAGUACCUAGAUAGUGUUUUGUUGUUAUUGUUGGUGGAUAGAGAGGUUUCGAUCGCGGCGCGGAAAACAGCGGCAGUGAUUCGCGAGGCUCUUUGGUGAGCGGACGCGAUUGAUACGAGCGCGUGAGACGGACGUUGGCGAUUGGUGCGCACAGGACGAGAUGUUGUGAAUUGCUGAGUUUCUGCAGAGAUGCACGGCGUCCCUGGAAGCUUUUGGUUGCUGCUGCACUUCAUCCUUGGCUUGUGCUGCUGUGUAAUGGUAACCGUAGGCCUGCCGACUGCUAGGCAGGAGCGCGGUUCAUCGAACGACAUCGUUUUCGGUGAAGAUUUUGUUGCAAUCCUCCUCGAUUCACCAGCUGAGGAGGAUCUCGUCAAAAUCAACACCUCAUCCGAACCCUCUCAGCGUUACACGAACACAAACAAACGUACGACAGAUUAUUCUCGACAGACGAGAAGUACUGUACUGACCAACUAUUACACAUCCACAACAUCACCUCACGCGGUGGAAACCACUUCCGAAUUGAACCAGUACGGUUCGAGUACACCGGAAGGGGAAAAGGUUGUAGUUUUGGGAGUGAGUGUCUCGACUUCUGUAGGCGAUUCUCGAAAUCCGGAAAUGGACCAGACGGUCUCCCCCAACGCUGGAGACGAUAAGGCUGUGAUACAAACGGAAUACAGACCCAGCAUUGUUGCGGAGUCGAGUAAAAGUGACUUUAGUGUGGAAGAAAGUGCACCCGUAACACAAGAUCAUGAUCCCCAAAAUCCUGACAGCGCCGAUAACGUCGAAUAUCCUGCUAGAGUCCAAUCGGUUCCUAGUCCGCAAGCCCUUCCGCUCAUAAACUCAAACUCUAACUUGUAUCAAGGACUAGAUCGUGACGAAGACAAAGACAAUCUUUCCCCGUACCACCAUCAGACCCUUAUAUUCCACGACAAUCCCCACGAACCCGAAAAAGCAAAGUCCGUAUCCUACACAUCCGUUAUCCACUCUCUGCCCCAGGGAUCAUCCCCAAAACAAUGGCAAAAUCAAGACGAGAACAAGGAAAACGCAGAACAUGAUCGCCAAGAGAGGCAUUACGAUGCAAACACUAAUUACGGAAACAACUUUUACAUAGAUGGGACCAACAAAAAUGUCCAACUGCCUAGCAAAGAAAACCACAACGACGAUGGAUCGUUUACGUACACAAACUCUCCCUUAAAAAGCACCCCAAACGAAUGGAAGGGGCUUCAGAACCAACAAGACGUUGUCGAAACCUCUACCGCACAAUCGACGAAAUCCUACGAUCAGCCGCAAGAUGAUCAAAAUAAAUCGAUGGUAACUGAUCAUCACCGACAUCAUCAGCAAAGGAUUUAUGGCGAACCAGAAAAGAAUUAUGAAGUUGAAGAAAGCGUUAGCGUUUUGACCAACGGAAGAGUACACGGGGUUCAACCGGUUGCAUCCCCUAAACCAUCCUCAAGUGAUAAUACUAAAAAUGCGUCGACUAAGCAGGGUGACAACAACCAAAAAGUAGGGUAUGUCGUAGAGGGUAGAAACUAUAGGAAAUAUAGGGUAGAGGAGAGGACCCCCGAUGGGUUCAUUGUGGGCGAAUAUGGGGUUGUAAGUCACAACGAUGGUUCACUUCGAGGUGUUCGAUACACGGCGGACGGAACCAUUAAUCCAAGACUAAUCUAUGACGCUUUGAUGAAAUUCUUAUCGUUAUAAUCUUCAUGAAUAAAUUGCAUAUUUCUUCGGUUGUGAAGAACUUGCCAUUUUUGUCAGUUUUUUUUGUAUUGAUGAUUGAAAAAUAUAUGUGCAUGCCGUAGGGUGUCCCAAAAUUCACACUUGAAGUAAUUUUGAGAAAAAAUAGUAUAUCAUGGUAAAUGUCAAAAUUCGUAGAGAGAAUCUGGAAUUGUCCAGAAUUAAUGCUCCUGGAUUCUCAGCAACACUCUGACCAAUUGCUUCAAUGUUUUGUACUGAUGAACGACUUUUUGAAGGGCUGUCAGAGAUCAGUAAUAAUUGAUCCAGUCUCUCCCAAUUUUUAAAUCAAUCUUGAUUACCAUAUUAUUAUUUUUUUGCACAAAUUCCUCGAAGUUUGCGACACCCUUUAAAUCGUAUAUUAAUCUUGUGAUAAAAACGACUGAAGUUAACUUUUGCCACAGCAAAAUAAUUAAUUAUUCACUAAUUAAUUACUAUUGCUGUCAUCUAAUGUAUUAUAUCUACAUUUCGACAUGCGUCACAGUUUCAGGGUGGUAUUAUCGAUAAAAUGUCUCAAUAAGCAAUUAACUAAUAUGAAUUUGGCUUAUUUUGAUAUUUUUUGGGGGUAAACAGGUGACAAUAAGCUAACAAGAUAAUGGAGGGUAUUAAAUUUUGACCGAAACGUUGAAUCAAAAGUUUUCUACGUUUUGGUCGAAAGGCCUCAUUUUUAUUAACUGGUUUUACUUUGCAUUUUUCUUCAACAAAAAAAAAA